AUGGUGGCGAUCAAGAACUUGAUCGCUUUUGAAGAUAAAAGUGGUAACAAGUUAUUUUCGAAUGUGGACUCGUUGGAAUCCACUCAAGGAGCUUCAAUUGAAGCAUACAGGUCAUUUGACGACUUGGCGAAAGGCGAGAACGCGACAAAUGCAACCAUCGCAAAGCUGUUGCCUCCUCUCCCCAACCCCAAUCUCCCGAUUUACUGUGUGGGACUGAAUUACGGAAGCCAUGCGAAAGAGGCCAAACUGAACGUCCCUGCGAACCCUCCUCUAUGGACGAAGCCUAAUUCCGCAUUGGCAAGCCCUGACUCUACCAUUCCGAUGAGUCGAUUCUGUGCCUCGCAUCUCCCCGACUGGGAGGGUGAACUGGUCUUUGUCACUUCCUGCGAGGUCCGCGACGUUACACCCGAAAAAGCCGUUUCUUGCAUCCUUGGAUACACGGUCGGAAACGAUAUCUCCUGUCGAUUCUUUCAACUCCCCGAGCAGUCCGGAGGACAGUUCUUCUAUGCUAAGGCCUUUGAUAAAUUUGCCCCCAUCGGACCGGUGCUUGUGAGUCCGGAAAGCUUCAAUAAGACGAAGAAGGGCGCUCGCCUGACCACUCGGGUCAACGGGGAAACCAAGCAGAACACCGUCAUUGAAGAUGACAUGAUUUUCGACCCUGCAACAGUCCUCAGCUGGAUGAGUCAGAGCACGACAAUCCCUGCAUACACAGCCGUGAUGACUGGAACGCCAGCUGGAGUGGGUGCAUUCCAUAGCCCACGACAGUUCCUAAAGAAUGGAGAUUUGAUUGAAGUUGAGAUUAGCGGGAUUGGCACAUUGAAGAACAAGGUCUUGUUUGAGGAUGGGCAAGACUCUAUAAUGUGA